CGCGCACAACGGGGCUCUGUGGCGCGCCACCCCGCCCGGGCUGAUAAAGGCGGGCGAGCAGGCGCGCAGGCUGGCAGGCAGCAUGCCGCUCCCGCCGGGCACUCAGGAGCCGCCGGGCUGCGAGGGGCGGCGGGCGAGGCGGCAGCUGCCCGCGGACAAGCGGGACCGCGAGGGGGACGCCGCCCUGGAUCUGGAGGACGCCUACAAGGCGGUGCUGAGGGCGCUGGGGGAGGACCCCGGCCGGCAGGGGCUGCUGCUCACGCCCCGCAGAGCGGCCACGGCCAUGCAGUUCCUCACUAAAGGCUACCAGGAGAGCACCGAGGAUGUACUCAAUGGUGCAAUCUUUGAUGAAGAUCAUGAUGAAAUGGUGAUCGUUAAGGAUAUUGACAUGUUUUCCCUUUGUGAGCACCACUUGGUACCUUUCUUUGGCAAGGUACAUAUUGGAUACUUACCAAGAAAGAAAGUGGUUGGAUUAAGCAAACUUGCAAGAAUUGUUGAAAUCUUUAGUCGAAGACUGCAAGUUCAAGAGAGACUUACCAAACAAAUUGCCAUGGCAAUUACUGAGGCUCUGAAGCCUGCUGGAGUGGCUGUAGUUGUAGAAGCAUCUUUCGACUUUACAACACUUGAUCUGAUGCCAACCCACGCCAGUGAACAAGUUUGCUGCAUCACCCAUCUCCCUGGAGAACAUUUGUCCACACUUCCUUGGACACUUUCUUUAAAAAAGCAGACAAGACUCCAGAAAAACCUGCAGCCAAGACUCCUGAGAAGACUCCAGCCAAGAACCCUUCAAAAAGUCCAGCCAAGAGCCCUUCAAAUUGUUCAGCAAAGUCUCCUCAAAGAAAGUCUUUCCAAAUCAAUAUGAUUGCUAGUUAUAAUAUAAAUAAAUAUUAAUGUAGCUAUA